CUAUAUAGACUGGAGGCCUCUGCUCUGCUUCUAGAACAAGACUACAUUGCUUCCUCACUUCAGCCUUCAAAGAUGGCAACAGAUGAGUUCAGCAGCAGCACUACUCCUUCAUACGACUACUAUGAUUACACAAAUGAGAGUGGACUACCACCAUGUGAUGAAACAGACUGGGAUCUCUCUUACUCUCUGCUACCUGUCUUUUACAUGAUCGUUUUUGUCCUUGGACUCUCAGGCAAUGGAGUGGUCAUAUUUACAGUAUGGAAGGCCAAGCCAAAGAGGAGAUCUGCAGACACCUACAUAGGUAAUCUUGCACUGGCUGACCUGGCUUUUGUGGUAACACUGCCUCUGUGGGCCACAUACACUGCUUUAGGCUUUCACUGGCCCUUUGGUUCUGCACUGUGCAAGCUCAGCAGCUAUCUGGUCUUGCUUAAUAUGUUUGCCAGUGUCUUUUGCCUCACCUGCCUCAGCUUUGAUCGAUACCUGGCCAUUGUUCAUUCACUUUCCAGUGCUAAACUUCGCUCUCGCUCCUCCAUACUUGUAUCCUUGGCUGUUAUCUGGCUCUUCUCAGGGCUUUUGGCACUCCCAAGUCUGAUUCUGCGUGACACACGUGUAGAAGGCAAUAAUACCAUCUGUGACCUGGACUUCAGUGGUGUUUCAAGUAAGGAGAAUGAAAAUUUCUGGAUUGGGGGGCUUAGCAUCCUUACCACAGUUCCAGGUUUCCUGCUGCCCCUGCUCCUUAUGACCAUCUUUUACUGCUUCAUUGGUGGCAAGGUGACCAUGCAUUUCCAAAACCUGAAGAAGGAGGAACAGAAGAAAAAGAGGCUUCUUAAGAUUAUUAUUACUCUGGUUGUGGUGUUUGCUAUCUGCUGGCUGCCUUUUCAUAUUCUGAAAACCAUUCACUUUCUAGACCUCAUGGGCUUCCUGGAACUGUCUUGCUCCACACAGAACAUCAUUGUCAGCUUGCACCCCUAUGCCACCUGCUUGGCAUACAUUAAUAGCUGCUUAAACCCUUUCCUCUAUGCCUUCUUUGACUUGCGAUUUCGCUCCCAAUGUUUUUUUUUUUUUGGAUUUAAAAAAGCCCUCCAAGGACAUCUCAGCAACACCUCUUCCAGUUUAAGUGCACAGACUCAAAAAUCUGAAAUUCAUUCGCUAGCAACAAAAGUCUGAUUGGGAAAAGGGAAAUUUGAUGGGCUGUGGGGGCAGAGACUUUUUUCUUAAGACUUUUAGGGUUAAUUGAACGUUAUCUCUUGUUGCUGCAAAGGGAAGGUCAUCUGCUGAUUACAGAACAGGGACUUGCACAGUCUACUGGAUCAUAUCACUGGAGUCUGUAAAAUGCCCCCACUUAGUGGAUGUCUGGCUUUUCCUGAGAAUAACAGACACACCUUAGUGAAUGAGACAUUCUUACUCAGUCCCUCUCCAAAAAACAGGAGAGCUGGUUGGACAGGGUGGGAGAUGCAGUUUACUGAAUUUGUUAUUGAUGCAAGAGGUAACUGGGUAUCCAAUGGGUUAACACAUGCUGUAUAUUGCUAGAUUUCUUCUUUGUAUUUGCUAAUGUUUUUUUUUUACUUUCCUGUAUAUAUUUUGCUUGUUAAAGCACUUGUAUGAUAUCACAGAGCUUACACUUUUAACACUGUUAAUGGUCAUUUCAGAAUGCAAUGUAAUUGCAAUGUUAUUUAACCAAUUCACUGCCUUGUGAGAAUGUCAUAGAACUGGAGGUAAACUGGUUAAAAGCAGGUAAAAGAACAGUUGAUAAAGAAGCAAAUAAUCAACUUGUAGGGUUAAAUGUAGAUUUCCUUUUAUGCCCCUAUGGCUUUAGUGAACUAUCACUCAAAGUGUGCCCAAACAGCCAGUGACUGACUGAGGAUUCUGGGAAUUGUAGUUCACCUAUACUCUGAGGUAUGCAGCAUUGCCACUAAAACUGUGGAUUUAGAUAUGUAGAGACAUCAUGGCAAAAGGGAAGACUAUGGGAGACAAUAAAACUGCAAACCAUUAACCAAAGAUAAAGGACUACUGAAUGCUAUUAUUCUGUGACUGGUGUAGGUCAUUUGCCUCUUAUCCAUAUGUACCCUGUAUCUAUGUGUGUGCGUGUGUAUGUAUAUAUAUAUAUAUAUAUAUACACACACACAUAUAUACAUAUUUGUAUGUACAUAUAUAUGUAUAUAUCUAUAUGUAAAGUAUUCCCUCAAAGAGGGGGAGCCUUAACUGAUCAUUGAUAAAACUGCGUUGUUUGAUGCAAUAAAACAUUUGUACUUUGAA